AUGGAUCUAUUAAACUCUAUCCUAAAUUUUGUGGUGCCACCGACGAGCAUGGUGAUGAUGGCCAUCGCUUGGCCAACCCUGUCCUUCCUCCACGCAGUGGAGUGGCUAUUUCACAGCUUGUACCCAGAGAACAUGGAGAACAACGUUGUUGUGAUCGCCGGGGCUGCCUCGGCGAUCGGUGAGCAAUUAGCUUAUGAAUAUGCAAGGAAGAAGGCAAACUUGGUGUUGGUUGCGAGGAGGGAACAGAGACUGAGGGGAAUAAGGGAGCAUGCCAGGCUCUUGGGUGCAAAGCAAGUCCUUGCGAUCCCUGCUGAUGUUGUCAAGGAAGAGGACUGCAGAAGAUUCAUCAGCGACACUAUCAGUUAUUUUGGCCAAUUGAAUCAUCUUGUGAACUCUGCAAGCUUGAGUCAUACCUUCCAUUUUGAAGAGGCAAUAGAUACUUUAGUGUUUUCUCAUAUGAUGGAUAUCAAUUUUUGGGGAAAUGUGUAUCCCACGUAUGUCGCCCUCCCUUAUCUGCGGCAAAGCUGUGGUCGAAUCCUUGUGAAUGCAUCACUGGAAAGCUGGUUACCUAUGCCAAGGAUGAGCCUGUAUGCUGCAGCUAAGGCAGCUGUGGUAAAUUUCUACGAGACGCUUAGGUUCGAAGUGAAGGAUGCUGUCAGGAUCAUGAUUGCAACCCAUGGCUCAAUUGGUGGUGAGACAAGGUGGGGAAAGUUUAUUCUUGAGGAGGGAGCAGAGAUGCAGUGGAAGGAAGAAAUAGGGGAUGUGCCCCUUACAGGUGGACAGGUUGAGGAGUUUGCAAAGAAGAUGGUCUCCGGGGCUUAGGGUGAAGCAUAUGUUAAGCAUUCCAGCUGGUAUGACAUAUUUCUGCUCUAUCCUGAUGUUCUAGGUUGGACCUUUCACUUGCUCUUCUCGACCAGGGGAACCAGAAUGCUCUCCCUCAUGGGCACCAGGCCGCUGCUUCUUGAUGCGCCGCGUCCUCGAAAGCUCCUCCCAGGGCCUCAACCAAUGGCUGAAUAA